ACGGUAUAUACACUGAUACAUGCAAGCCGUUUACGUUACGAUCAAAUUCACUAGCACAUUGAGCAUACGCAUCAUGGAACGAAGAAAUAAGGCAGAGGAGAGUCAAAGUUGAGAAUUGCGUUCAGUAGCGGCGCAGGCUUUGCGCGAAGCAUGCGUAUGUUGUUUCGCUUUGUUCGAGUUUAUUAUUCGUCCGGAGCAACAGUAUCCGAUUUGUAGAAUGUGACACGCGUUGUUGAAAUUCCCUCGUUGAACAGAAGAGGAAGAAAGUCUCAGGCAACAGAAAGUUUCCGAUCCAGUCGUGUUUUACUCUCCUCCACGAGACAGUUCCACGCGUGACCGAACUGAAAACUUCAAUUCCGGGUACAUCUACCGUUGGACUCGGCCGAUCAUCAAGAUCACUUAUCGAUUGAGCAUUUUCACAAUUGACACUUUACCGAAACAGCGAUCGCUAUCUCCAAGAUUAUUGAAGAUUUAUUUGUUGUACUUACGUUAUAUCUGUGCCAUGUCAAGUUUCAAGUGAUUACCUCAAUUAAUCAACAAUUAGCCCGAUAUUUGAGAAGGCUCAGACAGAUAAACUACUCGAACGAUAAGAACCUGUUCCGUGGGAAUCAAGCUUUCGUCUGCUCGACUUUUACUUCGUCGCGCAUGUCCGGCGUCUGAUUAUACUUUUUUGUUUCCUUAUCGGCUAAGUCGAAUCGUAGUUUGGGUAGUUGUCAACUAGCAGUCGGAGGAUCAGUGUAUUGAUGCGGCACGCAUUAAUGGAAGAUGGAUUCGAGCAAUUUGAAACAGAAACCGAACCCGCGAGUAAAGGCCAACUUUCUGUCGGUGUUGUUCUGGUGGUGGACGCUAGACUUGUUCAAGACAGGCUAUAGGAAAAUCUUGCAAACGGAAGAUUUGUACACUCCUUUGUACACCGAUCGUUCGAACGUGCUUGGGGAUCGAUUAGAAAGACGAUGGAAGAUCGAACUGGAAAAUUCCAAGAAGCGCAAGAGAAACCCCAGCCUAUUGAGAGCCAUCUUCCGUACCUUUUUGGGGGAGUACACUGUGCUUGCUUUGAUGCAGAUAUUAAACGAAUUUUUUAUCCGAUUAGGAACACCGAUACUCCUGGGUGGGCUCCUGCGCUACUUUAAGAAGAACACAACCGAAACAUACGAAACUGCUCUGUUAUAUGCUGCUGGAAUUUGCAUAGCAACGGCUGUGAACGUCAUCUCACUUAAUCAAACGAUCUUCGGCGCGUUCCACGUUGGUGCAAGAAUCAGAGUCGCUACGUGUUCUAUCGUUUAUCGGAAGGCGUUACGACUUAGCAAAACGGCACUUGGUGAAACGGCACCGGGAAAGAUAGUCAAUUUGGUGGCCAACGAUGUAAAUAGAUUUGAUCUUGUUUCCAUCUUCAUACAUCAUAUGUGGUCUGCGCCACUCUCCGCGUUAAUCAUAGCAUAUUUUCUUUAUGACGAAGCUGGAUACGCUGGAUUGAUUGGUAUCGCCGCGGUCUUCGUUGUCGUACCGAUUCAGUCAUACACGGGGAAAUUGUCCUCCAAGUUUCGGCUACAGACUGCCAUAAAAACCGACGAAAGAGUCCGUUUGAUGGACGAAAUAAUAUCAGGAGUCCAGGUUAUUAAGAUGUACGCAUGGGAAAAACCCUUCUGCGCCCUGAUCGAAACUGCCCGUAAAUUGGAAUUGCAAGUAGUUACCAAGAGCUCCUACAUUAGAGGCAUCUACAUGACCUUCAACUUGUUCACCACACGGAUGGCCCUCUUCUGUACUUUGAUCAGUAUGCUUUUAUUUGGCAAUGAAUUGUCAGCGGACAAAGUGUUCGUUUUCUCCUCGUAUUUCAAUAUUUUGGCGCAUACCAUGUCCGGAAUGUUCGUGCGGGGUUUUGCUGAGAUUGCAGAGUGCAUGGUAGCCGUGAGAAGGUUGCAGCAGUUCCUGAUAUACGAGGAGUUCCACGACAGUGGUCAUGCUUCGAACAAUUUCACAGCUAGUAUUAACGGUAGCGUUAAUAGCGUUUCGAAGCAUACUUCAAACAAAAUUUCUAAACCCGAUAUACCAUAUAUCGAUGAUGAAGUAGAUGGCUACGAGAAUUUGGACGAUUCUUCAGAAACAAGAAGACAUAAUGGUCUAGUAGUUGUUGCCAGCGAUUUGUUGAUGAAUACGGCGAACAUUAUGGGGGAGAAAAAAGGUUCUUCGGCAAAUGAUGAAACAUACGCAGUGAAAAUGUGUAACUUGACAGCCAAAUGGGAACCAAGUCAAAUUGAGAAUACCCUUGAAAACGUAAACGUUGAAAUAGAAAAAGGAAAGAUGUACGCCAUUAUAGGAACGGUCGGGGCUGGGAAAAGUUCAUUGCUGUCGGCUGUUCUUGGAGAGAUAAAUGUAACAGGUGGUCAUGUUAGAGUGAACGGAAGUUUAAGCUACGCCGGACAAGAGGCGUGGGUUUUCGGGUCCACUGUUCGACAGAAUAUACUUUUUGGACAGCCUUACGAUCGUCACCGAUAUCAGAAAGUUGUGAAAGCUUGUUCGCUUCAGAGCGACUUUAAGCAAUUCCCGCAGGGUGAUCAGACAAUCGUUGGGGAAAGAGGUAGUUCUUUAUCGGGAGGGCAGAAAGCUAGGAUUAAUUUAGCUAGAUCUUUGUAUAGGCAAGCGGACAUUUAUUUACUGGAUGAUCCGUUGAGUGCUGUUGAUACUCAUGUUAGUAAACAUUUAUUUGAAGAAUGUAUGCGACGAUACUUAGCAGGAAAAACACGGAUUUUGGCUACUCACCAGUUGCAGUACGUGAAAAAUGUAGAUACCAUAAUACUUGUAGAGCAAGGGAAGGUCACCGUAUUUUCUCAUUUUCAAGAUUUAUUGAAUCAGCGACCAGAAUACGCUGAAUUACUAGCGGCUGAAUCAGAAUCCGCCGAGGAUAGCUCUUUGGAAAAGAGUAGUAUGAAAAGACAAUUUUCAACGUCAAGUACUAGAAGUCGAACUCCGGAAGCAAGUACUGGGGGAACAGACGAUGAGGAAGAAGAUGAAAAGUCUGAGGAAGUUAAUGAUGGUUUAGAAGGAACCUCGCGUGGGGUAGUUAAAGGUCCAAUAUUUGUCAAGUACUUUCAAACCGGUGCUAACUUGUGCCUAUCUUCUUUGGUACUCUUAUUAUUUGUGUGUACACAGUUUAUGGCUAGUCUCAACGAUUAUUUUGUUCCUAUUUUAGUAAGCGCGGAAGAAAUGCGGCAUUAUUACAUUACGGAAGCCAAAUUAAAUAGUACCAAUGAUACCUCAACUGAGAAUUUGGAUGUUUCCUCCAUGUAUAACUAUAUAUACGUUUAUACUGCAAUUAUUGUUGGGCUAUUUUGUAUCGGUAUUACGAGAUCAUUGACUUUCUACAAAGUAUGCAUAUUAUGCAGUCAAAAAUUGCACGACAUGGCAUUCAGUGCCUUAAUUAGAACGAGCAUGAGGUUCUUCGAUACGAAUCCCAGUGGUCGAAUUUUAAAUAGAUUUUCCAAAGACAUGGGAGCCAUUGACGAAUUAUUACCCAAGGCUAUACUGGAUGCUGGCCAAAUAUGCAUGAUGAUGGUUGGAUCCUUAACAGUCUCCUGUGUAGUCAAUCCUCUGUUCUUAAUCCCGAUAGCAUUUUUGGGUGCCGUCUUUUAUUGGAUAAGAAAAGUAUUUUUGAAGACUAGCAAAAAUAUUAAAAGAAUGGAGGGAAUGACUCGAUCUCCGGUGUUCACUCAUUUAAAUGCAACGUUGAAUGGAUUGACCACCAUAAGAGCCUACCGCGCGCAGGACAUACUGAAAAAAGAGUUUGACAAACUGCAAGAUGUUCAUACCUCCACAUUUUAUAUGUAUAUAGUAGCAAGCACUGCCUUUGGAUUCUCGUUGGACAUCUUUUGCUUCGUCUUCACGUCCCUAGUUACUUUUAGUUUUCUCUUAUUGGAGCAAUCGUUCUCCGGUGGAGAGGUGGGUUUAGCCAUCACUCAGGUAAUGGCCAUGACUGGGAUGAUUCAGUGGGGUAUGAGACAAAAUGCCGAGGUUGCUAAUCAGAUGAUGGCUGUGGAACGUGUAUUGGAAUAUACACAAAUUGUACCUGAACCGAAUUUACGCGACCGAGGGAAGUUCGCCAAGAAAACUGAGAAGCAAGUCGCGCUUCCUGCUAACGCACCAAAGAAUUGGCCGACAAAUGGGGUAAUCAAAUUCAGAAGCGUUUAUAUGAAAUACGUAGAGGAUGAUCCUCCAGUGUUGAAAGGUCUGAACAUUGCAAUUAAUCCUGGAGAAAAGAUAGGUAUAGUGGGAAGGACAGGAGCUGGAAAGUCGUCGUUGAUAUCAGCCCUGUUCAGGCUAACCAAAAUCGAUGGUGUCAUAGAAAUCGAUGGCGUGGACACUGGAUCUAUUUGUUUGGAGGAUUUACGACGUCACAUAUCGAUCAUUCCUCAGGACCCAGUUUUAUUCUCUGGCACGUUGAGACGGAAUUUGGAUCCUUUCAAUGAAUUUACGGACAAGGCUCUGUGGGAAGUUCUCGAGGAGGUGGAGUUGAAGGACGCUGUAACUACUACAGGAACAGGCUUAGAAAACCGCGUUUUAGAUCGGGGUAGUAACUACAGUGUUGGCCAGAGGCAACUGGUCUGUUUGGCGAGAGCUAUUUUAAGAAAUAAUAAAAUACUUAUGCUUGACGAAGCUACGGCCAAUGUGGAUCCACAAACUGAUGCCUUGAUCCAGCAAACGAUACGAAAAAAAUUCGCUAACUGCACUGUACUUACUAUUGCUCACAGGUUAAAUACCAUUAUGGACAGCGACAAGGUGUUAGUUAUGGAUAAAGGUCGUAUGGCUGAAUUUGAUCAUCCUCACAUACUGUUACAAAAUAGCUACAGUCAGUUCAAAUCAUUGGUCAAAGAAACCGAUCGUGCUAUAUAUGACCAAUUAGUGAAGAUAGCGAGGCAAUCUUACAUCGCCAGAUACGGAGAACGAUGAUUGCUGGAUAAAAACGGCUUGGUCGUUGGAACAAUUGAAGAGUUUGCAGUAACAGGGAGCAGCCAGUUUGCUAUUUACAUCGGCAACGGUGGAAAGUUCAUGUGAUAUUCCAUUUUACGGCACAGGAAGGCGAUAGUUGUGAAUUUUCUGACUUGUGGAUUGCCGUUCGGAGAGUGGAGAUUGGUCUUUCUUGUUGCAGUAGCCGCUUCAGUUGCCAAACGACAGAGCUUGUGCAAUACAAGAAUAAUAUUUUUAAUUUUAUUCCUACCAAGUAUUAUUACAAGCGUAUACAAUAUAGUUAUAUGAUCGAUAUAAUAUAAUAUAGUCUCAAGCAAUAGUCGAGAGAGAAUAUUUUUGUACAUUUCUCUGCGCGCCGAUUGUUGCAACAUUUUAUAUAAGUACUUUUCUUUCCUAUUAGUACUUUUAUACAAGUACUUUUCUUUCUUAUUACUAGAUUACGGAUUUUUAUGCACGAGCACGAAAGAAACAGGAUCUCAAAGCGAGAAUGUUCUUUAAUUAAAGUUCUAUAUUUUUAUAGAAGUCCCUUUUCUUGUGGUUCUUCCAGAAAUCUCCUCGCGCGUAAUUGAUGUCGGCAUAAAAAUCCAAAGUCUACUUGUAAUGUACGAGCAGAAUGCCGUUACGCGGCGUACCGAACUUUCAAAUGUUCGUAGGUAUACUUAAUUUUUGUACUUUGUAUUUUACGAGUUCACACCGUGGAGAAUUAUUAUGUCUGUUGCUAUUGAAAAAAGAAGGAGGAGGAAAGAAAUAUUCAGAAUUUUCAAUAGUUUUGGACAUCCACGUAAAUGCCAAAAAAAAAAACAAAGAUUUAAAAACUAGCAGUAAGAAUCAAACGGUUCUCUUUUUUUCUUAAAGAAAUGUACUAUUCUAUUAUAACGUUUAUAGUAUUUUUCUAUACAAGAUCGAUGUACUAUACUGUACUAUAUUAUUACCCGUUAUAUACAAUAUAUGCAAAAUGUACUGUAGAUACACGUGUUGUGUAACAGAGAUCGAGAAUCGAUUCAUUUGUCACGAUAAUACAGCGCUCGAUAGAUCCAUCGAUAAAUUGUUAUACGAUCGAUGGCAUUAAGAACAGGUAUCACCUGCGAGGAUUACACAGCGGUGCAGUGUUCAUUGUGUAAUUUGAUAUAAAUUUUCAACGAUUAUAUUAUUAUAUUUUUUAUUGUACAUGUCGAUCAAUACGGAAUUGUAAAUAAAAUACUUUACUUUUAUAAUA